UCUGCUUGGAUAACCCAACAGAGCCAUUUGUCCUUUGGAAAUAGGGUGAAUUGCGUAUGGCGGGCAGGAAUCCACCAGAUUUGGGAGCGCUGAGGCAGAGACACGCACAUACAGAAAUAAAAGGCUGGGAAUAGCUAAAAUCGGCAUCCAAGUUGGCGCCCGAUUCUUGGUGAAACCAUCCCUCGGCUUCUGGAGGGAGACUGCUAAAUCAUGAAAUUACUUGCCUUGCUUUUUGUCUGCUCCAGGCUACUACCAAGUUUAACCCAGGAGUCCUCACAAGAAAUCGACUGUGAUGACGAGGACUUAUUUAAGGCAGUGGACACUGCGCUGAAGAAAUAUAAUAGUAGAAACCAAAGCGGCAACCAGUUUGUGUUGUACCGUGUAACUGAGGUCGUCAGGACGGAUGACCCUGACACGUUUUAUUCCUUCAAGUACCAAAUCAGGGAAGGAAAUUGUUCUGUUCAAAGUGGCAAAACCUGGCAGGAUUGUGACUACAAAGAAUCUGCACAAGCUGCCACAGGAGAAUGCUCCGCCACGGUGGGGAAGAGAGGGAAUAUGAAAUUCUCCGUGGCUACGCAGACCUGCCAGAUCACUCCAGCCGAGGGCCCUGUGGUGAGAGCUCAGUAUGAGUGCCUUGGCUGUGUGCACCCCAUCUCGACUGCGAGCCCUGACCUGGAACCCGUUCUAAGACAUGCCAUUGAACAUUUUAACAACAACACGGAUCAUUCCCACCUCUUUGCUCUUAGAGAAGUGAGAAGGGCCCACAGACAGGUGGUGGCUGGAUGGAACUAUGAAAUUACUUACUCAAUUGCGCAAACGAAUUGUUCCAAGGAGAAUUUUCUGUUCUUAACUCCAGAUUGCAAGUCCCUUUUGAAUGGUGAUAUCGGUGAAUGUACAGAUCACGCCCACAUGGAUCUUCAGCUAAGAAUUGCUUCUUUCUCGCAGAAGUGUGAACUCUAUCCAGGGGAGGACUUUGUACAACCACCGUCCAAGACUUGCCCUGGCUGCCCCAGAGAUAUACCGGUCAACAGCCCAGAGCUGGAGGUGGCUCUGAAUCAUUCCAUCGCAAAGCUUAAUGCAGAGAAUAAUGGAACUUUCCAUUUCAAGAUUGACAGUGUGAAAAGGGCAACAGUACAGGUGGUGGCUGGAGAGAAAUUUUCUAUUGUGUUCAUAGCCAGGGAAACCAUGUGUUCCAAGGAAAGUAACGAAGAGUUGGCAGAAAGUUGCCAGAUCAAUAAAUACGGACAAAUCCUAGAAUGUAAAGCCGAAGUUUUUGUGAUACGUUGGGAGAAAAAAAUUUACCCUACUGUCAACUGUCAGCCACUGAAAAAGAUCAUGUUGAUGAAAAGGCCUCCAGGUUUUUCACCUUUCCGAUCAGUACCCUUGGAGAAAACAGAAGAAGGAACAACUGUAAGUCCACCCCACACUUCCAUGGCACCUGUACAAGAUGAAGAGCGGGAUUCAGGAAAAGAACAUGGACACACUCAUGGGCAUGGCUGGGGCCAUUACAAGCAAAUAAAACAUGGCUUUGGCCAUGGCCAUAAACAUGAGCAUGACCAAGGCCAUGGGUACCACAGGGGACGUGGCCUUGGCCAUAGACAUCAAAAGCAACAUGGCCUUGGUCAUGAACAUCCACAGGAACUUAACUAUGAUCUUGAACACCGAGGGAGACAUGGCCUUGGCCAUGGACAUCAAAGGGAACAUGGCCUAGCCCAUGGACAUAUACAUGAACAUGGCCAAGGCCAUGGAAAGUAUAAAAAUAAAAGAAAAAACGAUGGAAAGCACAAUGGUUGGAAAACAGAGCAUUUGGCAAGUUCUUCUGAAGCUAGUACUACGUCUUCUGCACAGACACAAGAGAAGACAGAAGGGCCAACACCCCUCCCUUCCCUAGCCCAGCCUGAUACAGCGACUGCUGUGCCUGACUUUCAGGACUCAGAUCUCAUUGCAGCCGUGCUGCCUAAGCCACCAGCUCCCACAGAGAGUGAUGAUGAUUGGAUCCCUGACAUCCAGAUAGAGCCAAAUAGCCUUUCAUUUAACCUGAUAUCUGACUUUCCAGAAAAAACCUCCCCCAGAUGUCCUGGGCGCCCCUGGAAGCCAGUUAAUGGAAUGAAUCCAGCUGUGGAAGUGAAAGAAUUUCAUGAUUUCGAUCUCACUGAUGCUUUCUUUUAAUUUAUGCCGCCAUGAGUCUUUAACACUUCAUCAUUCUUCUCCCCAUUGUCUAAAUAUCCUGAUAUAACACAACAAAAGCCCUGAAGCUUCAGAACAGCUUAGAGAGAAGGGGUGAGACUCCCAAUGGGGACACCGUCAAUCUCUAUGGACGACGUAAAACUGUGUGCAGAAUCCUAAAUUCCCUCUGGGUCUUCCUCACAAGUUUUCUUAUCUAACACAGAAAAUGGACAAACUCAUGUGCCUUAUGGCCUAUUGCAAUUUGCUUUUCUGACAACAAAUGUGUACC